UACAACUACAACUACAGCUACAACAACAACGACGACAAGAACAACAAUCGAGCGAACAAACUUGCCCGCACAACAGCUCAAAAUGUCUGAGUCGCGUCGACAGUCGGUCAGCUUCACAGCAAUGCCGCCGGGCGUUCUAGUCAACGAUAGCCGGGCCAAUUCCACCGAUGACAUACAAAUCGCCCUGGCGCCCCACAUUCAAACCUAUCUAAGUCAAACAGGACGCCGGCACUCCUGCUGCAGCGUCAUGCUGCCGGUGGCCUUCGAGCGAGCCGCUGCCAAAUCGUGGCUGGAUCCCAAAUUCGAUUCGCCCGUCCUCGAGGAGCAGUUCCAGGCCAGCGUCUUUCCGCACAUACGCAUGCGAUACAGAUUCACAUUGUCGUACAUUUUACUCUGCUCUGUCGUUUGGUGUUUGUACUUCGUGAUCGAUGGUGGAUCGGUGGAGUUUUGGCGGCCCAUCUCCACGUCGUUCUCGAUGAUGUCACUGGUCACAAUAAUGGCCAUGUGCUUCACGCACUGGAACCUCUACAAGGAGCACCGAGUGCUGACGUCGGCAUUGACCGCGCUGAUACUAUGCAGCGCCUCGCUGGGAUUUCUCACGUACACGGGCCGGGCGUUCAGUCCGCUGGGUCACUUUGCCAUUUGCCUGGAGAUCGUGCUGCUCAUCUAUACGGCGCUGCCCAUGCCCUUGUGGCUGGGCGCCAGCAUUGCCAUCUGCUAUUCGAUAGCCUUCGAGCUGGUCUCCCACAUGGUCAUCGUGGUGAGUGCCGUGCAUGGCGCCACGGUGGGGACAACGCCAACGGAGGCGGCCGGCGGCAGCGAUCCCAACCACAAGAUACUCAUGCUCCGCAUCAUGGCGCAUCUGAGUGUGCAUCUAGUCGGCGUGCAUGUGCUGAUCAUGAAUCUGGUGCGCAUGCGCGGCACCUUCAUGAAGGUCGGACAGAAUUUGCUGGUGCGACGCCAGCUGGAGAUGGAGAAACAGCUCAAGGAGAAGAUGAUCCACUCGGUGAUGCCGCCCAAGGUGGCCGACAUGCUGCUCAACGAGGGCGGCAGCGGCGGUCUCGACCCGAACCAGCCACCCGAAUCGCACUACAUGCGUCCACGCGCCUCCCACGACGUCAAGUCCCUCUUCCGGCCCUUCCACAUGCACAGCAUGGAUAACGUGAGCAUUCUGUUCGCCGACAUUGUGGGCUUCACGCGCAUGUCCUCCACCAAGACGGCCGAGCAGCUGGUCGAGAUCCUGAACGAUCUCUUCGAGCGCUUCGAUGACCUCUGCUCGCUCAGCGGCUGCGAGAAAAUCUCCACCCUGGGCGAUUGUUACUAUUGUGUCUCGGGCUGCCCGGAGCCUCGAGCCGAUCACGCCAUCUGCUGCGUCGAAAUGGGCCUCGGCAUGAUCGAUGCGAUGCGCUGCUUCGACGCCCAGCGCCACGAGGGCGUCAAGAUGCGAGUGGGCGUACACACUGGCACCGUCCUCUGCGGCAUUGUCGGCACGCGACGCGUCAAGUUCGACGUGUGGAGCAACGAUGUCAGCCUGGCCAACAAAAUGGAGUCCUCGGGCAAGCCGGAACAGGUGCACAUCUCGCAGGAGACAUCGAGCUUCUUGGGCGACGCCUACUACCUGGAGGAGGGCGAGGAGGUGUUUGGUCAUCGCACCUAUUUCGUGGUGGGCCGUCGCCGAGAUGUGUCCCGCGCCAACAGCCUGAGUCCGAGCAUGGCGGCUACAGCUGCGGGCGGCAGCUCCCUGCUGAUGCCCGGGUCGCAGGGCGCGUUCGCGUCGCUGUCGCAGAGCGCCACAAAUAUAUCGGUGGUGCAGCCGCAUGUGCCGCCCGCCUCGCCAGUGGGUCAGCUGUCCAACUCGCUGAAGUCGUCGCCCGUGCUGUCGAUACGGCCACGCCUCACCUCGCUGAGCAUGAAGCUGCGCAAGAAGUCGCAGGGACAUUCGCAUAGCCGCGACCGGGACCUGGAGCGGGGCAUCAUACAUCCGGCGGCCGCUGGCAUUCCGCCGGUGAUAGUGGUGCGCGAACGGCCAAAGAUUAUCAUCACCACCAAGUCGCUGCCGGGCAGCCUGGACUCCGAUGAGCAGCCGCCAUCGGAGGAGCAGCAACCACAGCAGACGACGGCACCGAACCAGCCGGACACACGCUCCAAGCUGAAGCUCAAGGUAUGGAAAAUGACCAGGCUUCUGAAGCUGACGGGUCGCCGGGACAAGGACAAGGACAGAGACAGGGAUAAGAGCAUUGGCGGCGAGAAGGAGCCAAUACGUCCGCACUCCAAUUCCUUGCCAGCGCCGGGCGACGAGACGGUCGCCUUCAUUGACCCAGCAUCGGGCGCAGCGACUGGCCAGAGCCAGCUGGGCAACGGCUGCGGCUACCAGCAGCUGCCGGUGCUCGUGGAGACGGCCUGCAGCACGCGGCUGAACAGCAACCAAAUGCUGGACAUACCCAUGGGCCGGCCCGUGCUGCACCAUGCAGCCACGACGACGGCCCUCUCCAGCAGCGCGAUGCGCUCGCCGGACGGCAAUGCGGCGACGGCAGCCAGCGGCGGCAGCUGCUGCUCGCCGGGCCAGUACUCCAUGUACGACGACAUCAUCGAUGUGCGCUCCUACAUUAGCCAAUCGCGCAGCGACAUCUCGCCGUUUGGCCGCACCGGCAGCUAUCGCUCCCAGUGCGGCCGCCAGUCGUCUGGCCAGUCCGUCGGGCAGGCGUUGGAGCAGUCGCCGUUGCCGCGGCCACGCGCCUCCACGCUGACUGCGUCCGGGCGAGCGCUAGGCACAGAGCCCAGCACCAGUGCCAAUGCCAGUGCCAAUGCCAAUGCUAAUGCCAAUGCUAAUGCCAAUGCUAAUGCCAAUGCUAAUGGUAAUGCGAGCUCCAGCGGCUGCUGCCUGCCAGCGCCCGGACCCAGCGCCUAUUCGCAUUCGCGCAACUCGAGCAUCUGGCCAGACGGCCUGAGCAUUUGCCCGUCGGCCACCUCGCGCAAGGACUCGGGCAUCAAGAGCAACUCGCGGCGCAGCUCCAUACAGCAGCAGAUCUAUGCGCUCAACCAGUCGGCCAUUAGCCAGCAUCGCGUCUCCGGCUACUUUACCAGCUCCACGUCGAGCAUCUCGAAUUUGGGCGAGGGUGGGGCAUUGCCGUUCCCGUUGCCACCGCCGCCGCCGGCGGCUGCGGCCCUGGCCGCCCAGCAGUCCGCCCAGCUGAUCGAUCCGCUGGCCGCCUGCCUGCAGCAGCUGCGCAAGCAGUCCGACCUGCAGCUCAUCCGCUGCGUGCGGGACAAUGCGCGCUCGCAGCGCAGCUAUUUGGUGAAGGCGCCGCUGCGUCGCAUCAGCUUGUACUUUAAGUCGCGGCAGCUGGAGCGCGACUUUCGGUCGAAGGCGCAUCGCUUUGGCACCGAGAACGAGACGGAGGGGCCGCCGACGCUGGCCACGCCCCGCUACAACACAUACAUCGACAUAUUUGUGGGCAUCGCCGUCUACCUGUGCAUAUCCAUCUCGCUGUUCCUGAUGACCCAGAACACGGUGACGCCCAGCUUCCGGCUGUGGGUGACGCUCUUCUCCUGCUUCACCGCCAUCCAGGUGUUUGCCCUGUUCCUGUUCACGCGCCAGAUGUGCCGGCGUCACGGCACCCGCAUGCGCUCCAAGUCCACUGCCAGCGAGGCCAACAGCGAGGCGGGACCACCCCAGCCGCAGCCGGAGCAGUUCGAAUCGUGCGCGGAUCGGAUCUUUGAGGCCAUAUCCAGCUGGUAUCCGUGGCACAUCUGCUUGGCCAUCCUGAUGGCCAUGCCCGUCGUCCUGAUCAUCGCCAACUUUCUGCUGCUCGAUCUCACCCAGCUGGAGGCCUUCGAGUAUCACUAUGGCUUCCUGAUCUUCGUCUGCAUCGUGCACUUCUGCAACUUCACGCAGCUCAACUGCUGGAUGCGCAACGUGCUUGCGUUUCUGGCCGCGCUCUGCUUCAUCGGCAUCGCCGUCUCCCAGCUGACCGUCUACAACAGCAACCGGUCCGAGAACGAAUCGGAUGGCGAGCUCGAGUCGGAGCUGAACAGCAGUGCGGCUGCCUCGUACAUCUUCGAGGAGAUCAAGUGGUUCCGUGACUAUCACGUGGAGAUUUAUCUGGACUUGCUGUUGAUAUUGAUUCUGGUGUGGUUUCUCAAUCGCGAAUUCGAGGUCGGCUAUCGGCUGACCUUCUACGGCAAUGCGGUGGCCAACCAGGACAAGGUGCGCGUCCAGAACAUGAAGAACCAGGCGGACAUGCUGCUCCACAACAUAAUACCCAAACACGUGGCCGAGCACCUGAAGAACACGGCCAAGUACUCGGAGAACCAUCACAAUAUCGCCAUCAUCUUUGCCUCCAUUGUCAACUUCAACGAGAUGUAUGACGAGAGCUACCUGGGCGGCAAGGAGUUCCUGCGCGUGCUCAACGAGCUGAUCGGGGACUUUGAUGAGCUGCUGUCGCAUCCGAAGUUUCGUGCCGUGGAGAAGAUUAAGACCAUCGGCUCGACAUUUAUGGCGGCCAGCGGGCUGGAUCCAUCGCAUCGUGGCACCGGCGACGAGCACAUCCACACCCUCAUGGAGUUCGCCAUCGAGAUGCAGCGCGUGGUCAAUGAGUUCAACAAGGAUCUGCUCGAGUUCAAUCUGAUCCUGCGCAUUGGCAUGAACAUUGGCGACGUGACGGCCGGCGUCAUUGGCACCAGCAAGCUCUACUAUGACAUUUGGGGCGAUGCCGUCAAUGUGGCGUCGCGCAUGGACUCGACGGGUCUGCCCAAUCGCAUACAGGUGGGCAAGGACUGCCUGCCCUUCCUGACCGCCUGCUAUGAGUUUGAGCCGCGCGGCAGCGUUUAUGUCAAGGGCAAGGAUCACAUGGAGGUGUUUCUCUUUACCAGGCGCCGGCCGCAUCUCGAGGAGCAGCCCCCAAACGCGCAGCUAAACGAACUGACAGAUCCCGACGAGGUGGCGGUCGAAGCUACCGAGAAGCCACAGACUCUACCUAACGAUAUUCAGAUUGUUAUAAAUGACGGGCUGCAGGAGCUGAACGAUGCAAAUGCUGAUGAUGGGGACAAACAGGCGGAGCAGGAGCCGAAGCUGGAGAUGCCAGAGCAGAAUGCUGACGACGACGACGACGAUGAUGAUGAUGAUGAUGAUGAUGACGAUGACGGCGACAUGCAUUCCAGCGAAACAACAACGCUGUUCAAGUCACAGGAGUCGUUGCAUGGCCCGCAUGCGAACGGAGGUGGCAGCCACUUCAAUCCAGCGAACACAACCGAAGCUUGAGCAGGGCAACUCAUCUGAAUUCAAAUCAAACUCAGACUUCAAUUCGAACUCGAACU